GCGGGCGGGAGCAGCAGCCCCGGGCCGGGCGCGAGCAGGGCGGGCGAGCCCCGCGCUCUCCCCAUGGCGGGGAGCGGGCCGCGGCGGCGGCGGCGCUGACGGGCCCGGGGCGGGGCGGGCGGGGGCUUGGGCCCGAGGGGGAAGAUGAGCGCUCUCCUAGAGCAGAAGGAGCAGCAGGAGAGGCUGCGGGAGGCCGCGGCCUUGGGGGACAUUCGGGAGGUGCAGAAACUGGUGGAAAGCGGGGUGGAUGUGAACUCCCAAAAUGAGGUCAACGGCUGGACCUGUUUACACUGGGCAUGUAAACGCAAUCACGGUCAGGUGGUCUCCUACUUAUUACAAUCAGGAGCUGACAAGGAGAUUCUUACGACAAAAGGAGAAAUGCCAGUACAAUUGACAUCAAGGAGAGAAAUCAGGAAGAUCAUGGGAGUGGAAGAAGAUGAUGGUGCUGACAGCCUCCCCCAGCUGAAGAAGGAGUCAGAACUGCCCUUUGUUCCCAACUAUUUGGCCAACCCAGCCUUCCCUUUCAUCUACACCCCUGCGGCAGAGGAUCCAGGCCAGCUACAGAACGGGGGUCCCUCCACACCACCGGCAUCGCCCGCUGCAGAUGGCUCUGCUCCAUUGCUCCCCACGGGGGAGCCUCCCCUGGCCGGGGCCUUUCCACGGGACCACACCUCUUUGGCACUGGUUCAGAACCGGGACGUGUCUGCCCCCUCUGCCAUACUCAGAACACCAGAAAGCACAAAACCGGGUCCUGUCUGUCAGCCACCAGUGAGUCAGAGCCGCUCGUUGUUCUCUUCUGUCCCGUCCAAGCCACCAGUGUCUCUGGAGCCUCAAAAUGGGACAUAUGCAGGCCCGACGCCAGCAUUCCAGCCGUUCUUCUUCACGGGGGCAUUUCCAUUUAAUAUGCAAGAGCUGGUACUCAAGGUGAGGAUUCAGAACCCAUCUCUUCGAGAAAAUGAUUUCAUUGAAAUUGAACUGGACCGACAGGAGCUCACCUAUCAAGAAUUACUCAGAGUGAGUUGCUGUGAGCUGGGUGUUAAUCCAGAUCAGGUGGAGAAGAUCAGAAAGUUACCCAAUACUCUGGUAAGAAAGGAUAAAGACGUUGCUCGACUCCAAGACUUCCAGGAGCUGGAACUGGUUCUAAUGAUAAGUGAGAACAAUUUUCUGUUCAGAAAUGCUGCAUCCACACUGACUGAAAGACCUUGCUACAACAGGAGAGCUUCCAAACUGACUUACUAAUGCAGCAGGGACUUUCCCCGCUGAGUAUUGUGACAGUGCGCGUCCCCUCUGGGCCAAGGACCAGCCAUGGAUGGAAAUGCCUUGGGCGCCACUGUGUAGCAUACACUAACAUCAUUCUGCCAAGGUAGGAGGCCCCGCCCCCCCCCCAGCAGCGGUGCCACUCUUCCAAGCCUCUUGGUGCACAAUAAACCUAUUGCUUGAAGCUGUGAACAGCUGAGAAGUGGCCUGGAGAGGCAGCAGCCGGCAGUCCCGAGUCCACAGUUUCGUGUGCCCUGUGGCAGUGAGCUGUCCACGCAGAUACCGAGAGAGCGCGGAGCCUGUUCGCAGGGGCACCUGCAGGGCAGACAUGCUCUCUUGGUGUCGCCUCCUCCCGCCUCUCUGCAAGGAGGAGCUGGCCAGAGAGGAAACUGGGGAAAGCACAGGUACUGGGCAAAAGAAUUUUAGUGUGACUAGUGGCUGUGAGGUUUCACAUACCCUACUUAUAAAUGUUACUCAGGUUCAAAGUCUUUAAGAAUUCAGUUUCCUAGUUGUAAGUAUGCUGUUAACCAAAAGAGCUGCCCUUCCCCGGCCCCUCCUUUGUGAGCCCUCAAGACUGCUUCCCCAUCUCUAGGCCGCCAUUGCCUGGACCGCCCUUGCUGCAUUAACUCUGUGGCCGCUAGAGGGCUCUCUGAUGCUUUCCAAAAAAGCGACCACUUCUCCCCCCUCCCACCCCUUUUCAAUCUCUAAAGCGGUUCCUGUCCUCUCCGUGUUUAAUUGCACCGUCUGAGAAGAGCACAAACAUGGCCGGCCCGUGUUCUCCACUUCCAUUUCCCACUAGAAAUGAAAAAGCAAUUUUUGAAACUGAAUCUGUUGCUAUUUUAAAGGUUACCGUGGGAAACUGAGCUAAAGGAGUUAGCAUCUUUAUUUUUGUAUCAAAGAUAAAGGUUAUUUUGAAAUUAUUAGGAUUUUUACACAACUCUGAAACCUGUUGCUUUUUGUAAACAAAUUGUUUGCUCUUAGGGCUCCCCCACUACCACCACCAGUCCACUUAACAAAGCCAGUCGAGAGCUUCCUGGGCUUUGUUCUGGAAGACACCUGAUUAAACUCUGGAGCAUGGCAUAUGAAUGUUUCUUUAAAGAGCGCAUUCAAGAAUUCUUUUCCUCUCCUUCAGUGUCAUUAAUGGUAAAAGAGCCACUGUCUUGUUGAGACAAACAGCUUACCUUUAGAAGCAAGAACGAGCACACUUGGACAAGCAGGAGGGCAGGGGUUCGAAGCCAGCUGAAGAGCAUCCCUGCUGUCUUAAGAAGCUUUUUCCCCAUAGUGCCUAUAGUUUCCAAAGAAACUGAACUUCCUAACUGUGUUAAUUUUAUUGGAACACUGCGACUAAUUGAGCAAGAACGUGCAGAAGAUGUCAACGGAAGAGAAUGUUGUGCUAAGCGAAUGGCCUCCCGCUGCUGCCUCAGGGCCGAGCUGAGGCCGAGGUGUUUUGAAGGCCAGCUUCAUGGAGUCACUGUGUCCGGUGACUUACCCGUAUUCCACUAGUUACUGAUGUGACUUAAUCACCCUUGUACAGUGUUUGCAUCACUGAGUAAAGGUUACUUACUAUACCUUCUCUGAAGUGCUUUAAAGAAGAAACCUCCCUUGUGUUUCAACCAAUCAGAAGCUAGUUUACCUAGACCUACUAACCUUUUUUUCCUUCCUGUUGGGAAAAGUUACAAUUUACUGAUAACAUGAAGGCUAGUUCUGUCAGAGGAAAUAAUCCAGUAUUAAUUUAUGUUUAAAUCACUGGGGUAAAAACUCUUCUAGCCAUCUAGAUCAGUUAGAGACUCAGAGGCAGUGGAGGUCCCUGGCCCGGAGGUGGCCCCUACAGAGGAGUCUGUCCAGGGGCAUUUCCCCUGAAACAGAAGUGAGAGUGAGGGAGGGGCUUGGCAUCUCAGGGGUGGGCUGAGUUCUCCCCUGGCCUCCCUUCUCCUUCAUCAAGUCUUCUGUAGUCAGCUGAUUCCUGCGUCUGGCGGUGGGAUGAGACUGCACAGUUGAUGGUAGGUGAGUUUAAAGUCUUAAUCUAUGCAUUCAGAGAAAUAUUUUUAUAUGCUUUGUGUAAUUUAUAACAAGGACUUUUUUUUUUAGCUUUGUUAACUGUGAAUUCACCCCUCUUCCACCGCAUAUUUAAAGCAUGUGUUCACACUAUGUGUAAACAUUCACUGAAAACUUUUUUCUUUGUGCAUUGCCGACUGUUCAAACAUAACAAGUAUUAUUAAAAUCAAAUAUUAACGGA